CAGGAGUGCCGCCUUGCACACAUGGUCUGCUCGGGUAAUUCUCCCACAUGAUGUAAUACCAUGGGCCAAUUAUGUAGCCCCGGCCCUUGGGCAACACACAUCCAAUCAAUAGGCACACUGCCUUUAAGCCGUCGAGGAGCCGUCGCACUGGCACUGGAAAUCAAAGCAGUGGAUAGAAAUGGGUGAUGGACGCCAAUGUCAGUCAGUCGCGGAGGGAGGGAAACAGAAACGCAGAGCACACAUCUGCAAACGCUUGACACUUCAGUGUUGACAAUUCCGAGUCAUGUGACGUGUAACGUGAAGAUGGCGCAGCUCAUGCUAUAUUGCAGUUUGGCUCAUAUUUUCUUGCACCACUCGGCCAGUUUGGACCGGUGAACCGAAUCAAGUGUCCUAAUCCCGCGUGUGAGGAUCGGAGCCCCCCGUGCGUCCUGAUCGCGGCUCGCUCAUAGCUUCAUAGCUCUUCAGACUCCUGGACUUCAUUGCGGUGCGAUAUAUAGGCUCGAGGACCUGAAACCUAAAAUUAAAUAAAUAAAUGCCGAUAGAAAAAAAAAACCUUCCUACUGAUCCAAUCGAAAUGCGGCUGUAAUAUUAGCGUUGGGAGAAUAGAUUACGGUGUGUUUGGUAGGUGGACACGGAGACUGCAUCAGAUCGGUACGACGGCUCGGAAGAACACAUCGGGACCACAUAGACCCCCCCCCCCGAGCCCAGAGGCGACGAUGGUCGCGUUUUUUCUCCAAACGUUAGGAGAAUCCGAUUCCGGUCAAGACGUGCAUCUCGAUGUGUGAGAAGGAGACAACAUCAUUCGUAGCCUUUAGCCAACGUUUAGCAUCAUCCUCUCAGGAUAUCGACAUAAUGUGACUUGGUGUGCUGAAGGAAAAGAACCAAAUAUGUGGAUACCUACGGAGGAGGAGAAGAUCGGUGUUGUAAUCAGCAGCUUCCGCUCCCCAGUAUGUCAGGCCCUGGUGCUGGAGGUCGGGGAAACCGUACAGAUCCUGGAGAAGUGUGAAGGUUGGUACCGGGGCUUUUCCACCAGGAAGCCUUCUGUCAAGGGUAUUUUCCCAACGGGUUAUGUUCACCUAAAGAAAUCCACAGUGACCAACAGAGGGCUCUGUGAGACGGUGGUGCCCCUGGAGGAUCCCAUCAUCACAGAGACCACCUCCACGCUUCAGGAAUGGGCCGUGUUGUGGAAGCAGCUCUACGUGAAACACAAGGUGGACCUGUUCCAUAAGCUGCGCCACGUGAUGAACGAGCUGAUGGACCUCCGGCGGCAGCUGAUCCAGGGUCACCUGGCCCAGGACCAGACCCGCGAGAUCAAACGACACAUCACUGUGCGACUGGACUGGGGCAACGAGCACCUGGGGUUAGACCUGGUUCCUAGGAAGGAGUUUGAGAUGGUUGAUCCGGAUCAGAUCAGCAUUUCGGAACUCUAUAAAAUGCAUGUAUCCAGCAGACACUGUGGCCAGCAAAGCACAACCCAGGGUGACGGUACGCGGCAGCGCCAUGGCGACAGUUGCCGUGUCCCUGUGUCACACCACCUCUUCAUCAACCUGAAGAGCUUCACCUACAACAGCAUCAGCGAGGACGCGGACGUCUUCUUCUUCCUCUAUGACACACGCGAGGCCAAGCAGAUCAGUGAGAAGUUCAUGGUCAGGUUGAACAAGAAUGGAGGGCCAAAGAAUCCAGAGAAGGUUGACCGGCUGUGUGCACUCUUCACGGACCUAAGCAGCAAAGACUUGAAGAGAGACCUAUACAUUGUUGCACAGGUCAUAAGAACUGGUCGUAUGCUACUGAACGACUCGAAGAAAGGCCCACCCCAUGUGCUGUACAGACGGCCCUAUGGCUGCGCCGUGCUGGCCAUGACGGACGUGUUCCACACCAUCACCGACCUCAAGGAGGAGAAGGACUUUGUGCUCAAGAUCUACACUGCCUCUCUCUCUCUCUCUCUCUCUCUCUCUCUCUCUCUCUCUCUCUCUCUCUCUCUCUCUCUCUCUCUCUCUCUCUCUCUCUCUCUCUCUCUCUCUCGGUGUGCAGGCCUCAUCAUUUCCCUGCAGCUGCUGCGGGGUGAGCUGGAGCAGAUCAGACGUGAGAACCAGGCGGUGUUCAGCAGGGCUCUGGCACUCACACGCAAACUAGGCUUCCCAGACGUCAUCCUGCCCGGAGACAUCCGCAAUGACCUGUACCUCACCCUGGAGCGGGGCGAAUUCGAGAGGGGGGGCAAGAGCGUGCAGAAGAACAUCGAGGUCACCGUGUACGUGCUCUACGCCGACGGCGACACGCUCAAAGACUGCAUCAGUCUGGGCAGCGGGGAGCCAAACACCAGCGAGCAUCGCUCCUUCGUCCUCUACCACAACAACAGCCCUCGCUGGAGCGAGAUGGUGAAGCUGCCCAUCCCCAUAGAUCGCUUCAGAGGGUCCCACCUACGCUUUGAGUUCAGACACUGCUCCACUAAAGACAAAGGGGAGAAGAAGCUGUUUGGCUUCGCCUUCACGCCUCUGAUGAGGGAGGACGGGACAACCUUGUCGGACGAGAACCACGAGCUCUAUGUUUACAAGUGUGAUGAGAACGCUACGUUCAGUAACCAGGGCCUGUACCUGAGCAUGCCCUGCUGUAAGGAGGACUUCAACAGCUGUCCCAACCUGCCCGCCAACCUGCCCUUCCAGAGGAGCCCCAAGGAGACCUUCUGGGUCUCCACGCUGCUCUGCUCCACCAAGCUCACUCAGAACGUCGACCUCCUGGCUCUGCUGAACUGGAAGGCUCAUCCCGACCGAGUGUUGGAUAUCCUGGGCCGUCUGCGGCAGAUCAGCGGGGAGGAGAUCGUCAAGUUCUUGCGAGAUGUCCUGGAUACACUCUUCUGUCUCUUAGAUGACAACACAGAUAAAUACGGACCGUUGGUAUUCCAGUCACUGGUUUUCAUCAUCAACCUGCUCAGGGACAGCCGCUUCUACCACUUCAGACCGGUGAUGGACUCCUACAUUCAGAACCACUUCGCUGGAGCGCUGGCUUACAAAGAGCUGAUCCGAUGUCUAAAAUGGUACAUGGACCGCUCAGCUGAAGUGGUCAGACAGGACCAUAUCCAGGAAGCCAUGAGGGCACUAGAGUACCUGUUCAAGUUCAUCGUCCAGUCUCGGAUCCUGUACUCGCGGGCCACCUGUGGGAUGGAGGAAGAGCAGUUCCGCGCCAACAUUCAAGAGCUGUUCCAGUCCAUCCGCUUCGUGCUGAGCCUGGACAGCCGCAGCUCGGAGACCCUGGUCUUCACCCAGGCGGCGCUGUUAAACAGUUUCCCGGAUAUAUUCGACGAGCUGCUCCAGAUGUUCACCGUCCAGGAGGUGGCUGAGUACGUGAGGGGCACCCUGGGGAGCAUGCCCAGCACGGUGGACAUCGGGCAGUCCAUGGACGUGGUUAAGCUCCAGUCCAUCGCUCGCACCGUCGAGAGCCGACUCUUCUACUUCCCCGAGUCCCGCAGCAUCCUGCUGCCAGUGGUCCUGCACCACAUCCACCUCCAUCUGCGCCAGCAGAGGGAGCUGCUGAUCUGCUCCGGGAUCCUGGCCAGCAUCUUCUCCAUCAUCAAGACCAGCGCCAUGGAAUCGUCGGUUCAGGAGGAGGUGGAGAUGAUGGUGGAGAGUCUUCUUGACGUGCUGCUACAAACGCUGCUGUCCAUCAUGAGCAAGUCCCAGGCUGUGGAGACCUCUAGGGGGCAGAGAUGCCCUCAGUGCACAGCAGAGAUCACGGGGGAGUAUGUUUCCUGUCUGCUCUCGCUGCUCAGGCAGAUGUCGGAGCUCCACUUCCAUCACCUGCUCAACAACUUCCACAGUAAAGAGGAGCUCAAGGAGUUCCUGUUGAAGAUCUUCUGUGUGUUUCGUAAUCUGAUGAAACUGACAAUCUUCCCGCGAGACUGGAGCGUGAUGAGACUCCUCACAAGCCAUAUCAUCCUGGUGACCACACAGUUCCUGUCCCCCGCGCUGCACAAGAACUUCUCUGAGGCUGACUUCGAUUUCAAGGUGUGGAACUCCUUCUUCAGCCUCACUGUGCUGUACAUCAACCAGCCCAGCCUGCAGCUGGAACCCCUCACCCAGGCCAAGAGGAAGAAGAUCCUGGACAAGCAUGGCGAUAUGAGAGUGAUGAUGGGCUACGAGCUCUUCAGCAUGUGGCAGAAGCUAGGGGAGAACAAGCCCCACUUCAUCCCGGGGAUGAUGGGACCCUUCCUCGGAGUCACGCUGGUACCGCAGACCGAGGUGCGGAAUAUCAUGAUUCCAAUCUUCCACGAUAUGAUGGACUGGGAACAGAGGAAGAACGGCAACUUCAAACAGGUGGAGGCGGAGCUGAUGGACAAGCUGGACAGCAUGGUUUCCGACGGGAAGGGAGACGAUAACCACAGGGAACUCUUCAGCUUGCUCACGCAGCUCUUUGGACCCUACCCAAGCCUGCUGGAGAAGAUCGAGCAGGAGACCUGGAGAGAGACCAGCAUCUCCUUGGUGACGUCGGUCACCAGGCUCAUGGAGAGACUCCUGGACUACAGGGACUGUAUAAAGGGGGAGGAGGGGGAGAACAAGAAGAUCAGUGGCUCCGUCAACCUCAUGAACUUCUACAAGUCCGAGGUGAACAAGGAGGACAUGUACAUCCGUUACAUCCACAAGCUGUGUGACCUCCACCUGCAGGCGGAGGACUUCACAGAGGCGGCGUUCACCUUGCUGCUCUACUGGGAGCUGCUCCAGUGGGAGGACCGGGCGCUCAGGGACUUCCUCCACUACCCCUCACAGAGCGAGUGGCAGCGCAAGGAGAACCUCAGCCGCAAGAUCCUCCACUACUUCAACAAGGGGAAGUGUUGGGAAUAUGGAAUAUCUCUAUGCCGGGAGCUGGCUUUCCAAUAUGAGGCGUUGUAUGAUUACCAGAGCCUCAGCUGGAUUCGGAAAAUGGAGGCUGCUUACUAUGACAACAUCAUCGAGCAGCAGAGGGUUGAACCAGAGUUCUUCCGGAUGGGUUUCUAUGGCAGGAAGUUCCCCUUCUUCCUCCGGAACAAGGAGUUUGUUUGCCGCGGCUACGACUACGAGCGGCUCGAGGACUUCCAGCAAAGGAUGCUGGGAGAAUUUCCACAGGCCAUCGCCAUGCAGCACCCCAACCAACCCGACGACACCAUCCUGCAGAGCGAUGCUCAGUACCUCCAGAUCUACGCGGUCACUCCGGUGUCAGACAUCACGGACGCGCCCCAGCUGGAGCGCGUGCCCGAGAGGAUCAAGAGCUUCUACCGCAUCAACAACGUCAACCGCUUCCACUAUGACAGGCCCUUCCACAAGGGACCCAAAGACAGGGAGAACGAGUUCAGGAGUCUGUGGAUAGAGCGGACCACCCUGAUCCUGUCCAGGCCCCUCCCUGGGAUCUCCCGCUGGGCUGAAGUGGAGCGGAGGGAAGUGGUGGAAGUGAGUCCUCUGGAGAAUGCCAUCUACGUGGUGGAGAACAAGACCCAGGAGCUGAGGACGCUCAUCAGCCAGUACCAGCACAGACAGCACCAUGGCAACAUCAACCCACUCAGCAUGUGUCUCAAUGGGGUCAUAGAUGCUGCAGUCAAUGGAGGCAUAGCCAGAUACCAGGAGGCGUUCUUCGAUAAGGAAUACAUCACCAGUCACCCAGAAGACACGGAGAAGGUGACACAGCUGAAGGACCAGAUGCAGGAACAGGUGCACAUUCUGGGGGUCGGACUGGCCGUCCACGAGAAGCUGGUGCAUCCUGAGAUGCGGCCGCUUCACAAAAAGCUGGUGGAUCAGUUCCACAUGAUGAGGACGGGCUUACACCAUGGUCUCCCUGGCGUGGACCGGUUCGGCCAGGCGGGCUGCUCAGGGGGCAACUCUCCCCGGGGCAUCCUGACCUCCCACAGCCACAUGAGCCCGGAGAGCAUCCGCCUCAUCCACCGACACAGCCCCCUGAACCUGCAGGGCUCCAUCCGCCACUCGUCCUCCUCCCUGUCCUCUCACACGUCCAGCGAGGCGGGGAACCUGGUUAUCCUGACGGACGGGCUGAUCGGGGAGCACCCCGAGGACUCAGGCCACAUGCAGCCCAGUCCAUCGUCCUCCAGUCUGAGCUCCAUCCGCUCCACCUCUUCUCAGGUCCUCACCUCGGCUCCGUCCAGUGCCCGAGGCUCUCCUUCGUUACCGGAUAAGGCCAAACACAACAGGGAAGUGAUGAUUCUGUUACCACAACGAGAGAGGGCUAACAACUCCAUGUACUACACACUGGCUGAGAACGGACAGAACAACCACAUGCAGCGUGCCUUACUCCAGCAGGUCAGCCCCUGUAAGCCGUGCACGGACCCCCACAUGAACCUCCCAGAGAAAGGGCACUUCCUGAUGCACUUUGAUGUCCAUCACCAGAACAGUGACCCGCCCCCCGCCUUGCCCGUCCGUUCUCUCAGAAAGUCCCCCCUCCACCCCAUCCCCGUCCCCACCAGCCCCCAGUCGGCGCUGGGCGGCAGCAACUCCACCCUGUCGGGCAGCGCCAGCAGCGGCGUGUCGUCCCUGAGCGAGAGCAACUCUUCGGGGGCCAGUACCCGGACACGGGGCCCAUCCGGAACGACGGCCCUGGAGCCCCUCCCCAGCCACCUGUGGUCCCCGCCGGAGGAGUACCUGGCCUCCCCCUACCUGCACAUCCACUACAGCGGCCCGGACAUGGACUCUUGCCGACCCGGCGCGGCCCUUCCACUACCGCAGCCCCGCCUCGCACCCCCAGCAGCAACCGCACCCCCACCCCCACUCCCACUCCCACGCGCACCCGCACGGCGGCCACCACCCGCACCAAUCCCACCCGCACCAACCCCACCCGGGGAUGGACGGCCACGGCCACGGCCACGGCCACGGGCCCCAGCCGCAGCUGGCCAUGCCCAUGGCGUCCCACCACCACCACCACCACCAGCACGGGGCCGUGCACGGGGCCCAGCACCACGUGCCCUACCGCCGGCCCCAGCCGCCGCCCGCCGUGCCGCCCAAGCCCUACCUGAGGGAGGGCUGCAUCCCCGAGGAGGACCUGCAGCCCCAGCCCGUCCCGCUUGCCCGGAGGAUCUUCCACCCCCAGCACGGCCACCGGGACGAGCUGGCCAAGCACCCCUGGGAGCAGUGCAUCAGCGAGGAGCACGAGGAGGCGCAGUGAGGAGGAGGAGGAGGAGGGCAGGACGAGGACGGAGGAGGAGGAAGGGACGGAGGAGGAAGGACGGCGGCGAGGGGGGGGGGGGGUGGUCCCCUAGCUGGGGGAGUUGUUGAGUUUUAGAGACGGCGUUCUUCUCCUCGUCUUCCACCCUUCAGUGCACCGAGUCAGGGAGGAGGGGCCUGGUCGGGGCCGGGGGGGGGGAGGGGCGCGUCACCAGCCCCGUCAGGCAUGGCGGUUUUGACAGGAGGAACACGAGGAGAAGGCCUUUGACGUAUAUCGACGAGGCGCACGCGCUGUCACUGUGCUCUGUGUCGGCCUCUGGUGCGACGCAAAGGGGAUUUUAUCUGUCGGUCAAACACAGGGCAGGGAUGUCUUUUUGCUUUCUCGAUUUGAUAUUGAUUGUACACAAUGGUACAACGACGUGUCUGUGAGCAUGUGUUUUCAUUUUGAGAAUAAUUAUAUGACAAAGCGUUCUUGUGACAGAGGACCACCACCCCUGAUCUUUAAGCAACAUGAUCGGUAUAAGCUAAGUGUGUCAGAGGACGUAACCUUCAGCCCCCUUUCACCCCCCCCACGCUCCCUUGCUUCAUGACAACACAACGUCUGCGGCCCUCGAAGAAGGUUCUCCAUCCCUCAGUGAAGCAACCCAAAAAUGCUUUAUUAUUAUGAGGGGGAUUUAUUGUUUUUUGAUAAAUUUGCUAAACUAGGGUCUUCUCAAAAGCUAUGUCCAUCCUGUUUUUUGAAACACUGUUAAGGGCUCCUUAAUAGUGAGUCAUCAGAAACAGCACAUUGGUGUGUUUGUGCGUGUGCGUGUGUGCACGUGAGCCUGCGUGCGAGUGUGUGUGCGUGUGUGUGCGUGUGUUGUUCCCCAGCUUUCCUAGAACCAAGGCGAUACUGUAUCUUGAACUUGUAUCACCUUUGUGGACCUCUGGACCUUCUAAAGGCAACACGGACCUUGUCAGUCGUAGACGACCCCCCCCCCCCCCCCCCCCCCCUCCCAUCCGUUCCAUCGCGGACGGAAAUCCACGUGAAUGUAUUCAAAUGAGAUGUUUUAUCCGUGAUUUCACAAGUUGCAAUUCUCCUUUCAGUUCAAGUGCUUUUUUAAGUUCAAACUCCUUGGUUGGAAUCUCUUAGCUCUUAUUCUUUCCGUAUGUUUUUUAAACGUGACCGGGAUGUCUCUUGGGGGGGGUUGACCGAGAGAACUCUGCAAGACGGAUGGAAAGGAGUGGCGUGGUUUGACGGCUAUGCUCGGACGGACCGCUGGAGAGACUAUUUUGAUCAGGUCAAACUCACUGAGCUGGUCCAAGACUAGUCACGGACAGAAGCCAUUACCCUGGAAGUCAUGAGUGUAGGAUGAAGAAGAAGACUCUUUGCCUUCGCCACACCUAAGACACCUGGCGAAAACCAUGGACACUGAACUUUACACCGAGACACCCCUCUAUGUCUUUCAGAUGCCCUCUCCCUUUAUGC